GCCUCUGCCAACGAUCGCACUCGCCCGUCUGCCUCUUCGUCGCCAUCUGCUCCCACAAUGUCUGCCGACUCUGCCUUCCGCCGCACCAACGUCCUGGCCAGCCAUCUGUCCACUGGCGGCAAGCCCGUUCCUGCCGCCCAUGCCGCCAAGAGCCCUGACGACGUCGUAAUCUGCGCUGCAUACCGAAGUGCCCUCACCAAGGGCGGCAAGGGUGCCUUCAGAGAAACCCAUCCCGAAUACAUCAUGGCCAGUGUCCUCAAGGCCCUGCGGGAAAAGUCCAAAAUCGACCCCUCUCUGGUCGAGGAUAUCCAGAUCGGCAAUGUCCUGAUGCCCGGUGCCGGCGUCACCACCGCCCGAAUGGCUGCUCUCUAUGCGGGCUUCCCCGACAAGUGCGCCAUUGCUGCCGUUAACCGACAGUGCUCCAGUGGCCUGACGACCUGCGCCAACGUCGCUGCUGCCAUCAAGGCGGGCUACAUCGACAUCGGCAUUGGCGCUGGUGUCGAGUCCAUGACCAUGUAUUAUGGCCCUGGCGCGAUGCCCUCGGAUCUCUCGCCCACCAUGACGGAUAAGCAAGAGAUUGCCGACGUCAUGACCCCGAUGGGUAUCACUUCGGAGAACGUCGCCGAGCAGUUCAAGGUCACCCGUGUCGAGCAGGAUGCCUUUGCUCUGCGCUCCCACACCUUGGCUGCCAACGCCCAGAAGCAAGGCCUCUUCAACGACGAGAUCGUCCCCGUUACCCUGCCCGACGGCACUGUCGUCACCAAGGACGAUGGCAUCCGUGCCACCACCGCCGAGACCCUGGCCAAGCUCCGCCCUGCCUUCAAGCCCAACGGCUCGUCGACCGCCGGAAACUCGUCCCAGGUCACCGAUGGUGCUGCUGCCGUUCUCCUCGCCCGUCGCAGUGCUGCUGAGCGCCUAGGUCUGCCCAUUCUCGGUCGCUGGCUGGGCUUUUCUGUUGUCGGUGUCCCUGUGAAGAUCAUGGGCAUCGGACCCGAGAAGGCCAUCCCCGCCGUCCUCAAGCAGGUUGGACUUUCGAUCAGCGAUAUUGACGUCUACGAGAUCAACGAAGCAUUUGCCUCUCAGGCCGUGUACUGUGUCAAGAAGCUCGGCAUUCCUGUCGAAAAGGUCAACCCCAAAGGCGGUGCCAUUGCCUUUGGUCACCCCAUGGGUGCUACGGGUGCUCGCCAGGUCGCCACGCUGAUGCCCGAGCUCAAGAGACAAAAGGCCAAGUACGGCCUGGUCUCGAUGUGCGUCGGCAUUGGCAUGGGUGCCGCUGCCGUCAUCGAGAAUGAGCAAUAAGCACCGCGUCCAACUACAAGGGGAGGGGAGCUUCAGGAGCCGUGGAAAGCCUCUCCUCCACUGGGCCGAUCGGGGCACUCUGCCUUCCAACAGACUCUCCCUGUAGCCGACCAGGGCAUGUGUCCCACCAACUCUUCACAACCAAGCGCCCUUGAGAGCACUCAAUACAUCAUAGGUAAUCAAAACGCAAUGACAGAGCACCGUGCAUCCAGCGCG